ACGAAACAGGGGACGUGUCCCGGAGGGCGGCCGGCGGCCGGUCGUUCCCGCGACCGCAGUUGGGAGGCAAGGCGACCGAUCCGCGCAGCCCACCUGGGCAGCCCCGCCCUGCGCUCCAGCCUCUGCGGCCGGCCCACUCCUGCCCGGGCCUUGCAGAGUGCGGGCGGCGCGGGAGCUACACUUGGCCGCCGGAGGCGCGGCGAAUCGAUGGGGCGAACCCUUCGCGCCGCCGGGAAACGAUGGACGAUUCCGGGAUCAUUCGCCGGCGGAGGCUCCAGAAGGACCUCCCUUUGCCCAGAAAAAGCAGCAGCUGCCGAACCAGUAACAGAAAAAGCCUGAUCCUGACAAGUACAUCACCAACACUGCCACGACCUCACUCUCCACUCCCAGGUCAUAUUGGUAGCAGUCCCCUUGACAGUCCUCGGAAUUUCUCCCCCAACACACCAGCCCACUUUUCCUUUGCUUCUUCCCGCAGGGCAGAUGGCCGGCGUUGGUCUUUGGCUUCCCUACCAUCAUCUGGAUAUGGAACCAACACUCCAAGUUCUACAGUAUCAUCAUCCUGCUCCUCCCAAGAGCGCCUUCACCAGCUGCCUUAUCAGCCAACUGUGGAUGAGCUGCACUUCCUGUCCAAGCAUUUUGGCAGCACUGAGAGUAUAACCGAUGAUGACGGGGGGCGGCGGUCUCCUGCAGUGCGGCCCCGGUCCCGGAGCCUCAGUCCGGGCCGGUCUCCAUCCUCCUAUGACAAUGAGAUAGUAAUGAUGAAUCAUGUUUAUAAGGAGCGAUUUCCCAAGGCCACAGCGCAGAUGGAAGAGAAGCUACAAGAUUUCAUUAAAUCUUAUGAGCCAGACAGUGUGUUGCCUUUGGCUGAUGGGGCGCUCAGUUUCAUCCACCACCAAGUAAUUGAACUGGCACGAGAUUGUUUGGCCAAGUCCCAGGAGGGUCUCAUCACUACUGUCUAUUUCUAUGAGUUGCAAGAGAACAUGGAGAAGCUGUGGAAAGAUGCUUAUGAACGCUCUGAGAGUGAAGAGGUGACCUUUGUCACUCAACUGGUGAAGAAGCUACUCAUUAUCAUCUCCCGUCCAGCUCGCCUACUAGAAUGCCUGGAGUUUAAUCCUGAAGAGUUUUACCACUUGCUGGAAGCAGCCGAGGACCAUGCCAAAGAGGGACAUCUGGUGAAGACAGAUAUUCCUCGUUACAUCAUAAGUCAGUUGGGACUGACUCGAGACCCAUUUCCAGAUGUGCUGUAUGUGGAGGAGCACGAUAGUGGAGGAUCCAACACACCUGAGACAGAGGAGUUCACCGAGAGUCGUGGGACCACUCCAAAGCCAAAGAAGCCACCAGGAGAAGGAGACUUUGAAACUAUUAAACUUAUAAGCAAUGGGGCCUAUGGAGCUGUAUAUUUGGUGCGACAUAAAGAGACCCGCCAGCGCUUUGCCAUGAAGAAGAUUAAUAAGCAGAACCUCAUCCUGCGCAAUCAGAUCCAACAAGCCUUUGUGGAGCGUGACAUUCUGACUUUUGCAGAGAACCCCUUUGUGGUCAGCAUGUUCUGCUCUUUUGAAACUAAGCGGUACCUCUGCAUGGUCAUGGAGUAUGUUGAAGGUGGGGAUUGUGCAACAUUGUUGAAGAACAUUGGGGCUCUGCCUGUAGAAAUGGCCCGCAUGUACUUUGCUGAGACUGUCUUGGCCCUGGAGUACCUGCAUAACUAUGGCAUCGUCCAUCGUGACCUCAAGCCUGACAACCUACUUAUCACUUCCAUGGGACAUAUCAAAUUGACGGACUUUGGUCUUUCCAAGAUGGGGCUGAUGAGCCUUACCACAAACCUGUAUGAAGGUCAUAUUGAGAAGGAUGCCAGGGAGUUUCUAGACAAACAGGUGUGUGGGACCCCCGAAUACAUUGCACCUGAGGUGAUCCUUCGCCAAGGUUAUGGGAAGCCAGUGGACUGGUGGGCCAUGGGCAUCAUCCUCUAUGAAUUCCUGGUGGGCUGUGUACCAUUCUUUGGAGACACUCCUGAAGAGCUGUUUGGCCAGGUCAUCACUGAUGACAUUUUGUGGCCAGAAGGAGAGGAGGCGCUCCCCUCAGAUGCUCAGCAUCUGAUCUCUUGCCUCCUGCAAACCAAUCCUCUUCUCCGCCUGGGAGCAGGUGGCGCCUAUGAAGUGAAACAGCAUGCAUUUUUCAAAGAACUAGAUUGGAAUGGGCUUCUGAGGCAGAAAGCGGAGUUCAUCCCUCAUCUGGAAUCUGAGGAAGACACCAGCUAUUUUGACACCCGCUCUGAUCGUUACCACCACAUUAAUUCCUAUGAUGAUGAAGAUACGACUGAAGAUGAACCAGUGGAGAUACGCCAGUUUUCAUCUUGUUCUCCCAGAUUCAGCAAGGUGUACAGCAGUAUGGAGCACCUAUCCCAGCAUGAGCAAAAGACUUCAGGUGUCACCAAGCGGGAUCAGAGCAACAAACACAAAGACGACAGGCUUAGCAAACGGGAAAGCCUCGGCAGCUUCACGCUUCGGGACAAGAGCUGGCGCACCAGCUCUCCAGAAAUGAAGCAACUCUCGGCCUCGGAGUCAUCAUACACCGAGAGUGAUUCGAGUCCCCCACUGGGAGCCCGACGGCGUUUCUCAGCCCUGAUGGAUACCAGCCGUUUUGCUGUGCCAUUGGAAAGUGACAACGAGAUUCCUGGCAAGGGACCAUUGAAGGCUCCUGCAGAAAAUGGGCCUGUAGGAGCCACCCCUCAGUCUGAAGGCAAGGAGAGCAAGGAGGGAGCAGGAGAUGUUGCACAGGGUCCUGCUCCUGUGGAGACUGAGGCAGGCGAUAAAUCAAAAGCGGGUGAGCUACAGCCCCCCAAAGAGCUGGACCCAUCUGCCCCCAGAGCUACCAAUGACUUGGUGCUGCGUCGGGCCCGGCACCAACAGCUCUCAGGGGACACCGCCACGGCUGAGAAGCGCAGCUCCCGCACAGGGGGCAAGGUCAUCAAAUCUGCCUCAGCUACUGCAUUGUCGGUCAUAAUCCCCACAGUGGAGCAGCACAGCAGCUCACCACUGGCCAGCCCAAUGUCUCCCCGAUCACUCUCCUCUAAUCCUUCAUCCCGAGAUUCCUCCCCAUCCCGAGACUACUCUCCUGCGGUCACCAGCUUGCGCUCACCAAUCACUAUCCAGCGGUCAGGCAAGAAGUAUGGCUUCACACUGCGUGCCAUCCGUGUGUAUCUGGGAGACAGCGAUGUGUAUAGCGUGGAUCACAUUGUCUGGCAUGUGGAGGAAGGGGGUCCAGCCCAUGAGGCAGGUCUGUGUGCAGGGGAUCUCAUUACUCAUGUCAAUGGAGAGCCAGUACAUGGUCUGGUGCACACUGAGGUGGUGGAACUCAUCCUAAAGAGUGGAAAUAAGGUGAUGGUGACUACUACGCCCUUUGAGAACACCUCCAUCCGGAUUGGACCAGCCCGCAAGAGCAGCUACAAGUCCAAAAUGGCUAGAAGAAACAAGAGGAGCACCAGCAAAGAAGGGCAGGAGAGCAGCAAGAAGCGCAGUUCCUUGUUCCGCAAGAUCACCAAACAGUCAAAUUUGCUGCACACCAGCCGUAGCUUAUCAUCCUUGAAUCGCUCCUUAUCCUCCAGUGAUAGCUUGCCUGGCUCACCCACCCAUGGUUUGAGUGCCCGUUCACCCACCCAGAGCCUGAGGUCCACUCCUGACUCUGCAUACCUAGGUGCCUCUUCUCAGAGCAGUUCCCCAGCCUCCAGUACACCCAAUUCACCCGCCACCACGUCCCACCACAUGCGGCCCAGCACUCUGCAUGGCCUAUCUCCCAAACUGCAUCGCCAGUACCGUUCGGCCCGUUGCAAGUCAGCUGGAAACAUUCCCCUCUCACCACUGGCACAUACGCCCUCACCUACACAAUCCUCACCACCGCCACUUCCCGGCCAUACCGUGGGCAGCUCCAACACCACCCAGAGCUUUCCUGCAAAGCUUCAUUCUUCACCACCAGUGGUACGGCCACGCCCCAAGAGCGCAGAGCCCCCUCGUUCACCACUUUUGAAGCGGGUGCAAUCAGCGGAAAAACUGGGCUCUCUCUUAAGCGCGGAGAAGAAGGUGGUAGUGAGAAAACAUAGCCUGGAGGUGGUGCACUCUGAAUACCGCAAAGACUUCUAUGGGGAGCCUGGCCUUCACAGCCUAGCUGAGUCAGAUGGGGAAAGUCCCAGUGAAUCUGGCACUCCAAAGCCCUUGGCCACCCGGCGCCUGGGCCGGCAGGAAUCCCCCCUUAGUUUUGGGGUCGGAGAUGGAGAAGCAGCUUCGGAGACCAAUGCCAAAGCAAGGGGGCCAGAUGCUGUUCCUGGGGAUUGCAGGAGGAGCCAAGCUGUGCAGACCGAGGAGGCUUUUGCAGCAGCAAACCGAGCCCUGACUAAAGCCCUGAGCCCUGUUCAAGAGCACGAGCAAGGCAGAAAAGGCAGCCUAGAGGCAGAUGUGAUUCCCCGGGGCCCUGUCCCCAUUGUGUUGGAACCGAAAGAGAGCCAAGAUCCUGGCCCUCCAGGAAAGACCACUGUGCAGCCUGUCCAAGACAAGAUUGGCUCGCCCAAGGAGAAGUGGAUCUUGGAGGUCGUGGAAGAGCACACCACGUUGGGAACCUGUGUAAAAACCCCCAGUUGCCUCUGCCCAGAGGAAACCAAGAAUGGACUGAAGCGAAGCUCAGCUGAAGCCAAGGGAAAACGAGGGAAAGAAGAGCUAUCUGUCUUGGCAUCAGGGAGCAAGUGUGCAGGAGACACGCCCCGACCCCCAGCUCCUACCCUGGAGAAGAAAGGGGCUGCUCACUGAACCAGAGGAGAGUUGAUUUUCUCACCCUCCUGGCCCCCCAGGACCAUACUAGUAGAACCAAUGUCGUAUUUGCCUUCCAGCCUUCAUGGUAUGGCAGCAGUAAGGUAGCAAAGCUCUAUUCCCAACAGAGCUGGAAGGGGGCGCUCCUUAAGCUCUCUGUGAAUAUGAAGGGCAGAGGCAACAGUGCCUCCGCCUCAGCCAUCCCUUUGUGAAUGGCAUGUCUACUCCUAAGCCUUGUAAAGUACCUAUACAUAUCUCUUGCUAUAUAUAUAUUAUAUUAUAAUAUUUAUAUAAAUAUAAAUACAAAUAUAUAUAUAAAUAUAUAUAUAUAUAUAUACACAAGUAAAACUAUACAUGAAAUGGUUAAUACUGUGAUCACUCCCUUCCCCAACCUCACACCCAUUGUACUGUGCUUCAGGCUAUUUCUUGAAAUCUGUAUAAUAAAAAAUAAUAAGAAUUGAUGUUUAGGGAAACAAUUAGAAUUGGAAUGCAAAACACCAGGCAAUGUUUGAAUGCAGCAAGUUUUCAUCCUUCACAAAGUUCAAAAAGUCCAGUGAAAAUUCUUGUGGCAUCUGAAUCUCUGCAGGCAAGGUUGUAUGCAAAGAGGAAGGUCCAAUGUCAUGCACAUGUCACAGAAUGAUUAGCACUGGGGCAUGGGAGUUGAGGGAGUGGACAGGAGAGCUCUUGGGAUAUUGUCAAAGUAGCAUCAAAGGAACUGCAAGUAAGCAGCUCCAAUAUUCACGUCCCCAGUUCACCCACCUGCAUAACAAGUCACCUUUCUGUCUGCUUCAGGUGAGGCUGGUUCUUUCUAUUUUGCUUUCCUAAUUUCAACGAUAAAUUAUUGGAGUUAUAUAUGUUCUUCACAUGUGAGCAAUUUGAAUAACAAAUGAGUUAUCAGGUGAAAUAAGUGGGUCAGCCUUUAGUUGUGGGGUUGUAAAUCUGUUCCAUCCCGAAGAGGAGCUAAUAUUUUUAUUUAUUUAUAGCUGAAUGGGACAAAAAGCUUGCAUAUCAUGAAGUCAUGGUAAAUUAGUCUCCUGAAGCAGUGGAUUUGUAGAAUCAAAAAUAUUGAUGGAGAAUACUUCUGAUCUAAGGGCAUGAUGUUUGGGAAGUUUUACUAUGCAAGUUCAAUGGAAAUAGGAUUUGCUCUGGAUAAUUCUUCACCAUUGGGACAUUUUUGUAUCAGGCACCCAAAGUAUCUUUGAUGUCUUUUUGCAGUGUAAUGGAUGAAACCUCAAUCUGCCCCUAGUGUUUUUUGGAAGAUAAAUUUUCAUAUUAAUAUCCUUGCCACUGAUGGCAGGCACAACAUCCCAAGCCACUAAUUCAUUGUGGACAGGCUUUGCUCUUUUCUCCCUUAAUAACGGCCCUUAAUGAGCUCACUUAGUUUUGCUCUCAGCCUGAUAGUCCUAUUAUGCAAGUGGAUUCUCUGACUGUGAUUUUGGGGUUCUGACAAAAGCCUUAACAGACAAUGACUGAGGAGAAUGCUGCAAUCUAAACUGGUAAAUCUGGAAGUGCAUAUGAAGCUCAGUUCAAAGAAGUGCAGGAACAGGUCUCAAAGUCCUGUUUCAACUUCCCUCUCCCUAUUCUUUUGAAAUGGCUGACACUGGAAACCUGGUUGGCUUCCUAGGACUAUCAGGAAUAGGAGGAAAAUAGGCAGAGCCUAUGAAUUGGCAUAUAGGACAGAUAAGGCUCUUUGUGUGUCCCUUUAGGAUAUGGAACUACUGUGGAACUCCUAAAGAGACAGGAGCAAGUACUAGGAGUUUCAUGUAAACUGCUAAGUUGCAAUAAAGGGGUCAUGUAAAAUUAAGGUGGCUGCUUGACCACAUUGGUCAAAAUGCAUGACGUUGCCAUCCUGCCCACUCAUGAAUUUAUGUCAUUGCUAUUUGAGCAAAGAUGUCAUCAUGCAUGAUGGUGCUGUAAAUUAGCAAUGUCAUGUUUAAGUGUACAGCUGUGAUUUCAAAUCAGGUUGCACUUAAUAGAUUGUUUAUCCAGAAGCAUUUUGCAGAUACCAGUUCUGAUGCAAUGGAGUCCAGUGAAUGAGAAAAAGAGCCUGCUCCUCUUGGCUUCUCUCUGUUCAUCCUGAGACUUGGUUGCUUUGCCUUGAAAAAGAAGUUCAGUUCUCAAAUUUAGCAACCCAGAUUUGGCACCAUAUCAUUAGGAGUGUAUCAAAGUUGUCUUAAUGGUAAUAGCACUGCUGCUACUGCCUGGUGUAGCUGCUGGUCUCCCCCCCCCAAUGCUUUCCCUCUCCACCUGGAAGGAAAGGUAUUCUCUAUGCAAGUACCAGCUAAAUGGUAUAAGUCUGUUUUUCUCUCUUCUUUUGAUUCUCAAUUCCAAUCCUAUUAGCUAGCAUCACCACCUUUCCAUUCACGCUCCUCCAUUUACCCCGAUAGCACAAUCCUAUCAGUCCCCAAGAGCCCUUUGCAACCUCCAUGCUCCUCUUCAGUCACUUCACUAAGCCAAAUGUAGCCCCACGGAGCUGCCUUGCCUGCCCAGAGCUACACAGCAUGGCACACUCGGCAAGGUUCAUGACAGAUUUUAUUUGGCCCUAAAUAUCACACUUAGUCCAUAAAACUCUCCCAGAUGCAUGAGAGCUGGCCCAGUACUUAGGCAUCAGGUUUGCUCCAAGCAAGUCUGCAAUGUAUUGUACUGUGUAGAUGUUGAAAAGAAGUGGUGCAGAACUCCUAAAUUUUGGAGAAGGGAAUCGGGAGGCAAAUAUGUGGGUGGGGAAAGCAUUUUAUUUGCAAAGUUCAUUUUCCUUCCAAAUCCAGAGCUAAGGAGCUCUUCCUUAUAAGGGAGCAAAGCAAUUAGAAAGACAGGAGGAAACCUCCAGGGUUGGAGCUCCUACCUUGCAGGGAAGGUACUGUGUAUGUGUAUGAAUGUUCUCCCUCUCUGAUGUAAUGCAUGAGUGCUCGAUGAAAGACUCUGGCUGUACUGUCUGUACUGUGAAUAAAGGCAUAUACCCUAUCUUCCAUCCCAAGGAGCUAGGAAGCUGACUGCCACGUAAUCUGCCUGCGAAGUAUUUCUCUUGGACCAUCAAAAUUGUCUCUUGGCUUACGCAGGCAGAAGCAUUGUCAUGUUAAUAAACCAAUCUGUACAGCG